GGCUGCGGUGCUCGGCCGGCCGCCAUGAAGCCGCCCGCAGCCUGCGCGGGCGGCGAUGUCCCGGACGCGGCCGCGGCGUGCGCCCCCGUGGACGCGCUGCGCUGGGACCUGGAUGCCCAGCAGAUCCAGGCGCUCACCCAGCAGCUGAUGGCACAGACCAAGCGUGUGUACGACCGGGUGGGCGCCCAGUCUUUCGACGAGGUGUCCUACGAGAGCACCCUCAAGGCGCUGGCCGACGUGGAGGUGACUUACACAGUUCAGAGAAACGUCUUGGACUUCCCCCAGCACGUGUCCCCGGCCAAGGACAUCCGCGCGGCCAGCACGGAGGCCGACAAGCAGCUGUCGGAGUUUGACGUGGAGAUGAGCAUGCGGCAGGACGUGUACCAGAGGAUCGUGUGGCUGCAGGAGAAGGUUCCCAAGGAGUCGCUGAGGCCGGAGGCGGCCCGCUACCUGGAGCGGCUGAUCCAGCUGGGCCGGAGGAACGGGCUGCACCUGCCUACGGAGACCCAGGAGAAAAUCAAAAGCAUCAAGAAGAAGCUGAGCCUGCUGUGUAUCGACUUCAACAAGAACCUCAAUGAGGACACCACCUUUCUGCCGUUCACGCGCGAGGAGCUGGGCGGGCUCCCCGAGGACUUCCUGAGCUCCCUUGAGAAGAUGGAGGACGGCAAGCUGAAAGUCACGCUCAAGUACCCGCACUACUUCCCCCUGCUCAAGAAGUGCCACGUGCCCGAGACGAGGAGGAAGGUGGAGGAGGCCUUCAACUGCCGCUGCAAGGAGGAGAACUGCGCCAUCCUGCGGGAGUUGGUGGCCCUGCGCGCGCAGAAGUCGCAGCUGCUGGGCUUCAGCACGCACGCCGACUACGUGCUGGAGAUGAACAUGGCCAAGAGCAGCCAGACCGUGGCCACUUUCCUGGACGAGCUAGCCCAGAAGCUGAAGCCGCUAGGGGAACAGGAGCGGGCUGCCAUCCUGGAGCUGAAGCAGGCCGAGUGCGCCCGGCGGGGCCUGCCCUUCGACGGCUGCAUCCACGCCUGGGACCUGCGCUACUACAUGAACCAGGUGGAGGAGACGCGCUACCACGUGGACCAGAACCUGCUCAAGGAGUAUUUCCCCGUGCAGGUGGUCACGCAGGGCCUGCUAGGCAUCUACCAGGAGCUCCUGGGGCUCACCUUCCGCCUGGAGGAGGGCGCUGCCGUGUGGCACCCCGACGUGCAGCUCUACACCGUGCAUGAUGCCGCAUCCGGGCAGCUGCUGGGCAAGUUCUACCUGGACCUGUACCCCAGGGAAGGCAAGUACGGGCACGCGGCGUGCUUCGGCCUGCAGCCGGGCUGCCUGAGGCCUGACGGGAGCCGGCAGAUCGCCAUCGCGGCCAUGGUGGCCAACUUCACCAAGCCCACGCCGGACGCACCGUCCCUGCUGCAGCAUGGUGAGGUGGAGACCUGUUUCCACGAGUUCGGCCACGUGAUGCACCAGCUGUGCUCGCAGGCGGAGUUCGCCAUGUUCAGCGGGACGCACGUGGAGCGGGACUUCGUGGAGGCGCCGUCCCAGAUGCUGGAGAACUGGGUGUGGGAGGAAGAGCCGCUGCGCCGCAUGUCACAGCACUACCGCACUGGCAACGCGCUGCCCGCAGAGCUGCUGGACAAGCUCAUCCGCUCCCGGCAGGCCAACACUGGUCUCUUCAACCUGCGCCAGAUAGUCCUGGCCAAGGUGGACCAGGCCCUGCACACGCAGACGGACGCAGACCCGGCCGAGGAGUAUGCCCGGCUCUGCCAGGAAAUCCUUGGGGUGCCCGCCACGCCAGGGACCAACAUGCCUGCCACCUUUGGCCACCUGGCCGGGGGCUACGACGCACAGUACUACGGCUACCUGUGGAGCGAGGUGUACUCCAUGGACAUGUUCCACACGCGCUUCCGGCAAGAGGGCAUCCUGAAUGCCAAGGUGGGCAUGGACUACAGAAGUUGCAUCCUGAGGCCCGGCGGCUCCGAGGACGCCAGCGCCAUGCUGAAGCGCUUCCUGGGGCGCGGGCCCAAGCAGGACGCCUUCCUCCUGAGCAAGGGGCUGUGUGUGGAGGACAGCGUGUCGCCUGCCCUGGUGCCUUAGCCUGCCUGCCCCGGGGCAGCGCUGGAGCCUGUGCGGGGUGCCCAGGCACUUCUCACCUCCAUCAUGGGCCACCUCCAGGGGUUAGCUGGUCCCCUCCCCCAGAACCUGCCAUCAUUAAAAGUUUUAACCAG